GGACCGUGGGAGGGGGAUAGCUUGGAGUCUACAGUUGUCCCAUGCAUGGGAAUGAGUAGUAAACAUAGUGUUGUGACGCAUGCACGGAUCCUUCUCCAUUUGGUUAUUUUCAAUAGACAAAGUUUCAGAUUCUACAUCCUCUAUAAAUUUCCUGCUGAAGCAGUGGCCAUUUCAGGGCGUACUCAACUCUAUACAACAUAUUACAGAAAACAAGACUACUAGAGAAGCCUUUGAACUAAUGUCUCAAAUAUUAACCAAAGAUCCAAAGGAGGGAGCGAGGCAGCAAAGCAAUAUGGGGGUAAGAGUAGUCCUAUUCCCUCUACCCUUGCAAGGCCAUGUUACACCAAUGUUCCAUCUAGCAACUCUUCUCCACUCAAAAGGAUUCUCAAUCACCAUCAUCCAAACAAACUAUAGAUCUCUCGAUCCGACCCACUUCCCUCACUUCACCUUCUACUUCUUGGACGAUGGAUUACCUGAUAAUGCCAUAUUUGGACCAAGUAAUCAAACAGUCCUAACCGACCUUAACACAAACUGCUCAGAACCAUUCAGAAAUUGCUUGUCCCAGAUUUUGAGCAACGGUGUCACACACCAGGAGCCCAUCGCUUGCCUUAUUGCAGAUCCUAUGUGGUCAUUCACAAGUUCUGUUACCAGUAGCCUCCGCCUCCCUAGGAUCGUGCUGAGGUGUGCUAGCAUGUCUACCUAUUAUAUUUAUCAAUCCCUGCCAUUUCUCCGAGCAAAGGGCUACUACCCUCUCCAAGAGUCUAAACUUGACGAACCAGUACCAGAGCUUCCACCUCUCAAAGUCAAAGAUCUACCUCUAGAGGCAAAACAUAACCUACUGGCUGAUAUUAUGAAAGAGAUGGAGAGUUCUCAAGGAAUCAUCUGCAACACAUUUGAGGAGCUUGAAGGUUCUUAUAUAACAAGAGUUCAACAAGCACUUCCCAUCCCCAUCUUUUCAAUAGGCCCGUUACACAAGAACUCACAAAGUUCUCAGGCGACCAUAUGGACGCAAGACCAUACAUCCAUUUCAUGGCUUAAUACACAGUUACCAAAGUCUGUACUCUAUGUUAGUUUUGGGAGCAUGGCAGAAGUGAGCAAAGCUGAUUUUCUAGAGAUAGCCUACGGAUUAGCCAACAGCAAGCAGCCUUUCCUAUGGGUGAUUCGUCGUGGCUCGAUUGAAGGAUCAACUGAAACUGAUCCACUACCCUUGCCUGAGGGUUACUCAGACAUGAUAGGCCAAAGAGGGAACAUUGUCAACUGGGCACCUCAACAAGAGGUUUUAGCCCACCCUGCUAUAGGAGGUUUCUGGACACAUUGUGGAUGGAAUUCAAUUAUUGAGAGCAUCAGCGAAGGGGUGCCAAUGCUUUGCCUGCCCUUGUUUGCUGACCAGACUAUAAACACGAGGCAUGUAAUUGACAAUUGGAAAAUCGGAUUUCAGCUGGAGAAUGGAGUGAAAAGGGGUGAAAUAGAGAGGGCAAUCAGAAAACUGAUGGUCGAAGGAGAAGGUGAAGCAAUGAGAAACAGAACCACAGCUCUGAAAGAAAAGGCAACGCUUUCUCUUAUGAAAGGUGGCUCCUCUUGCAAGUCCUUAGAAUUCCUCACUAAUUACCUAUUAUCAUUUUGACAUAUCCACUGUAUUAUUGAAGACUAGUUAUUUCAUUCAGAAAAUUCAUUAGAACAGAAAAAUGCCUAACACCAAUUAGUACGAUGCA